CUCUCUGUACCAUUGACGGCAACACAAUUACUAUGGUUUCUCUCAGGGUCUUUCUCAGCUUGCUUUUGGGCUGUAGCCUAUCUGCAGGUGUUACAUUAAAUCUAGCUCCUCUAGAUACUGAUGUGUCACCACGAACUAAAACCAUAGUGAUCUGUAAUGGUGACCGUGCGGUCUUGAAAUGUGCAUAUGGUGUGCUUCAGAUAACCGAUGCAAACUAUGGACGUACUAAUAGACGUGACUGCUCUGGAAGGCGUCCAGUCCUUCCCCAAAACACAAACUGCAUUUUCAACGCACUGGCUCCUGUUUCACAAAGCUGCAAUGGGCUGCGAAGUUGUGAGCUUUUUGCUACAACUGAUAUCUUCACUGAUCCCUGCCCUGACAUGCGCUCUUAUCUUUCCGUCACCUACUACUGCCUCCCACCUGAAAUCCGUUCAAGUGUAGUCUGUGAAAAUGCCAUUGUUAACUUCAAAUGUGAGGAUGGAUCUCUCGUACACAUCCAUGCUGCUAACUACGGGCGGACUGACAGCAGCACAUGUGCUGCUGGACGACCUGCUUCUCAAACUGCCAAAACCAACUGCUAUGCCUCAAAUUCGCAGACACUGGUUGCCAAUGCAUGUGAAGGGAAGAACGUCUGUGCCAUUUCAGCCUCCAAUGGUGUCUUCUCAGAUCCGUGUUAUGGCACAUACAAGUACCUGUACACUGCAUACUCCUGCGUGCCUCAGUUUUAUUGGACAUAUGGUGUGCUUCAGAUGACCGCUGCAAACUAUAUACGUACUAAUAGAGGCGACUGCUCUGGAAGGCGUCCAAUCUUCCCCAAAACACCAACUGCAACUUUAAUGCACUGGCUCCUGUUUCACAAAGAAAGGAUAGAGAUUUGUAAUGGUGACCGUGCGGUAUUGAAAUGCGCAUAUGGUGUGCUUCAGAUAACCGCUGCAAACUAUGGACGUACUAAUAGACGUGACUGCUCUGGAAGUCGUCCAGUCCUUCCCCAAAACACAAACUGCAUUUUCAACGCGCUGGCUCCUGUUUCACAAAGCUGCAAUGGGCUGCGAAGUUGUGAGCUUUUUGCUACAACUGAUAUCUUCACUGAUCCCUGCCCUGACAUGCGCUCUUAUCUUUCCGUCACCUACUACUGCCUCCCACCUGAAAUCCGUUCAAGUGCAGUCUGUGAAAAUGCCAUUGCUAACUUCAAAUGUGAGGAUGGAUCUCUCAUACACAUUCAUGCUGCUAACUACGGGCGAACUGAUAGCAGCACAUGUGCUGCUGGACGACCUGCUUCCCAAACUGCCAAAACCAACUGCUAUGCCUCAAAUUCACAGACACUUGUUGCUAAUGCGUGUGAAGGGAAGAACAGCUGCUCCAUUUCAGCCUCCAACGGUGUCUUCUCAGAUCCGUGUUAUGGCACAUACAAGUACCUGUACACCGCAUACUCCUGCGUACCUCAGUUUUAUUGGAGCUGAUCUUGAAGAUUUUUAGCACCUCUAAAUAGCUGCAUAUAAGUGUCUAAGCAUUUCUGUAACAAUGGCUUAAUUGUUAACCUAAUUUUUGACAUCUUAAGCAAAAUGUUUACCAUGAGAUUGCAUAACUGUAUAUCAUUAGUUUACUAAGCUGUAUUCAGCCUUUUGUGCAGGUGUCUUGUACGAUUAUCAUCCUUAUGCUCUGGGAAGUUGUGUUCAAUAAACCCUUUUAAAAGAAA